CGGGCCAAGGGCGGUCGGGAGUCUGCGGCGGUUAAUUCCUUUUAUCGUAAGGUGUUGCUUCCUUCGGUCUGGUCUUCUCUGAGGCUGCAGGAGAUGGUUAGGUCCGGAUCCCGGCCGGGCCAGGUGUUAUCUUCAGGAAAGCACACCGGACCUGCUAAAUUAACAAAUGGAAAGAAGCAGAUCCAUUUGAGAAAGCUAUCACGUUGUAAUGCAGAUUCUGGCUAUCCCAUCUAUUCUGACUCAGAAAGUCAGACUGAAUCCGUACAGGGGCUUGAUGGCUGUGCUUCUUUGCUGCGGAACAUUUUGAGAAAUGAAGAUUCAGGUUCAGAAAUAGUAUAUUCAGAAAAUAGAUGUAAUCCCAGACUUUUAGAAGGCAAAAGACAUGGACCUAAAAAGAAAGGACAUGAAAAUCAUACAGUUCCUUCAUUAGUCCGGAAAGAAAUUUUAUCUUCAGAUUAUAAAAAACAGAUACCCAAUGAAACUUCUGCUGGAAAUGAAAGAGACUCAUCAGCUAUACCACAAAAUUGGUCAUUCCAAAAUCAUUACAGAAUGUAUUCACCCAUAAUAUACCAAGCCCUCUGUGAGCAUGUGCAGACUCAAAUGUCACUGAUGAAUAACUUGGCUUCAAAGAAGAACCCUAAUGGAAUUCCUGCUGUACCUUGCCACAUUGUGUCUGGUUCUGAAUGUCAGGCCACUCCACGUUCUAGUUAUGGCUUAUCUACUUCCACUCCAGUCCAGUUACCUCAGCCACCACCCUGCCCUCCAAUGGUUCAUUCUGAAGUUCAGACUGAUGGUGACAACCAGUUUGCAUCACAACAUAACACAAUUCCUGUGAACUGUACUGAUAUUCUAAGGAAUUCCUUCAGUUCUAGUCUUGGAGUUCAGUGUAGCCUGCCUCAAACUGACAAACCAACUAUUCCAGCUUGUGAGCAGCUGGAUCUUGCUAAUGAAAUUCUGCCACAACAAGAAGUUCCUAAGGAACCAGACCUAUUAAAGUGUUUCCAAACAUAUAUGAAUUUGUUGCAUUCUCAACCAGACGGUCAGACAAACCGAAGCCUCACUCUAUUCCUGCCAACUUCCUUGGCCACUAAUGAAGAAAAUUGUGCCAAAGAGCAAAUAGGAGAGGUCACAACUGAGGGAAAGGAUUCAAAUAUGCAUGUGCGAGAUUCAAGAAUAAAGGGUGUCCAGAAAGCAAAAAAUGGGAAUGAGAGUGCUGAAAAAAUUAAAACUAUAAAAUAUUUGUUGGGAGAGCUGAAGGCCCUAGUAGCAGAACAAGAGGAUUCAGAAAUUCAGAGACUGCUUACAGAAUUGGAGGCAUGUAUAUCCCUACUUCCAGCAACAAGUGGAAACAAAAAUACUCAAGUUGAAAUAGCACUGGCCAUGCAACCACUAAGAAGUGAAAAUGCUCAGUUACGCAGGCAAUUGAGAAUUUUGAACCAGCAACUUAGAGAACAAGGAAAAACUGAAAAGGCAUAUGGUUCUCAGGAAUGCAACCUUGAAUUGUUUUCCCUUCAAUCAUUGAAUAAGUUACUUCAAAAUCAAUUACAGGAAUCACUAAAGAGCCAGGAAUUACUACAGAGUAAAAAUGAAGAGCUUUUAAAAGUGAUUGAAAAUCAGAAAGAUGAAAACAAAAGAUUUGCUGGUAUAUUUAAAGAAAAAGAUGAAACUAUACUUGAAAAUAAACAGCAAUUUGACAUUGAGACAACCAGAAUAAAAAUUGAAUUGGAGGAAGCCUUAGUCGAUGUGAAAAACUGCCAGUUUAAGUUAGAAGCUGCUGAAAGGGAAAAUCAGAUAUUGGGAAUAACAUUACGUCAGCGUGAUGCCGAGGUGACUCGCCUGAGAGACUUAACCAGAACUUUACAGAGCAGUAUGGCAAAGCUUCUCUCAGAUCUCAGUAUGGACACUGCUCGCUCCAAGCCUGGGAAUAAUCUUACCAAGUCACUUCUGAACAUUUAUGAAAAACAGCCUCAACAUGACCCAAUCCCUGCUCAAACUUCCAUAAUGAGCUACUUAAAUAAGUUACAAACACAUCGCGCGUUUACACAUUCAGAGCCACUUUCUGCAGUUAACAAUGAGGAAAACAUAGUGCCAGAUAGGCCCUAUGAAAAUGUUCUGCCUUCCAAAAGCCCUCAACACAGUAACACCAGGAAAAUGGAGGAAGUAUCAGCCCCUGGAAUUAUUUCUACCCUUUCAAAACAGGAUUCUGAUGAGGAGAGCGAAAUUCCAACUCUAACAGAAGGUGAGUGUAAUCUGGAUAAUACCAUUUAUAUUCCCUUUGCUAGAAGUCCUUCUAAAAGGAAAUCACCACUGUCUAUGAGAGUAUCCCCCCAGCCUCAGAUCAGUGUAGCUCCACGACAGCUGCUCAGCAAAGGUGGACCUGUCUCAGAAAAAGAAAAUAAAUCAUGUGCACCUGGAGUUUGUUCUGCCAAAAAGGAAGCAGAAGAUGCACCUGAGAAACUUUCCGGAACAGCUGAGAUGGAGGACAAGCAGCUCCUCAAGAAAAUAAAGGAAGCCAUCGGCAAGAUCCCUGCUGCCAUUGAGGAGCCACAGGAUCAGGCUGCGUGCCAUGUUCAAGUGAAAAGCAGUGCGGUCUCCGACGGUAGCUUUUUAAAUUCUGACUUGACGUCUGACUGGAGCUUCUCUUCUUUCUCAACAUUCACUUCUCGUGAUGAACAAGACUUCCGAAAUGGCCUUGCAGCCCUGGAUGCCAACAUUGCUCGACUCCAGGAGUCCUUAAGGUUUGGUCUUCUAGAGAAAUGAACUCGGAAGAAAACAGAUUGAGUAUCAAUGUAACUUGGUUACAUUGAAUGUAUAUUUUAAAUUUCUUUAUAGAGAAAUGAUGUUUUAUAUUAAUUAUGUGGGGAAAAUAAAUUGAAUAAUAAGUU